AAAAGGGGGACUGGCAGGCAGGCAGGCAGGCCAACAGGUGGCCUCUUCUUGACUCAUCGUGUAAAAUCUGGAAAAAAGGGGACUCGCGGUGCCACGGUCAAUCCCGGGAAGACCAUGGAUCUCUCUGGGAGCUGCCGGCUGCUUCUUCUCCUGCAAGCGCUUCUCGUGGCCUCCGCUCAGAGGGGCCCGGUGGGUCCAAGAGGCCCGCCGGGGCCACCCGGAAUUGCCGGCGUGCCCGGCGUGGACGGGAUUGACGGCGAGCGAGGGGUGGACUCCAAAAUCAACGGCGGCCCAGGGCCAGCUGGGGAAAACGGCAAAAACGGAGCUCCGGGAGCUGCGGGCCUUCCGGGAGCAGAUGGACCUGUGGGACCUCCCGGAGAUCCAGGUCCAACGGGUGUAAAAGGACCCAAAGGGGAUCUCGGACCACCGGGCCCGGUCGGGAAGCCGGGUACUGGACCAGAUGGCUUGGAUGGAAUCCCAGGGACUGACGGGCUCCCAGGAGAAAUGGGCAAAGCGGGCCUUCCUGGAGCCAGAGGCAAGCGGGGCCAAGUGGGCGCUACAGGAGCCGUGGGAACCCGGGGUCCGCCGGGGGUUUAUCAAGGCCAAGAACUGUGCCCUAGCGCUUGUCCAUCUGGACUGUCGGGACAUUCUGGACUGCCUGGCAUGAAAGGUCACAAGGGGGUGAAGGGGGAGUCCGGAGAGCCCGGCAGACAAGGACACAAGGGAAUGGAGGGGGAACAAGGACCACACGGAGAAGUUGGAUCUCAAGGACUUCCGGGCCCAGCUGGAGCCAAGGGCUUGGCGGGAAUCAUGGGCUCCAAAGGUGAAAGGGGACCCCGAGGGAACUUGGGGGGUAUGGGACCUCGAGGCCGCCAGGGACCUCCGGGGGACUUUGGCCAAAGAGGAGCCAUCGGAGAGACCGGACCCAGGGGGGUGCAGGGUGAUCAAGGUCCUUCCGGAAUCAGAGGACCACCAGGACCAAAGGGAGAAGCUGGUCUUCCGGGUCCGGACGGUCGUGAAGGAAUCCCUGGACUUCCUGGUUCAAAGGGUCUUCCUGCCAAGGAUGGAGCUCCGGGCGACGGCGGACUUCAAGGGCUUCCUGGGGUUCCGGGUUCUUAUGGCCAAAAAGGAGUUAGCGGUCCCAAGGGCGCGUCAGGUGAUCCGGGCGUUGCGGGACUGAUGGGCUCUCCGGGAAACCAAGGCGAGCGCGGCGACCAGGGCGAGGUGGGGCCUGUCGGACCCAGAGGAGGACCGGGUGCACGAGGGGAAAAAGGACCGGUUGGACCGGCGGGCGCACCGGGACCACGGGGAGGCAAAGGUGAUGUGGGUCUUCCUGGACUCCCUGGACCGGCUGGCUAUCAAGGCCAGAAAGGCGACAGGGGUUCUGUUGGUCUGGAUGGUCCAAAAGGAGAGCAGGGACCCCCGGGCGCCGAAGGGACGCCCGGAUAUCGAGGAGACCUGGGCGAACUAGGCGAGGCCGGCGAGAAAGGAGCGAUGGGCCCACCAGGCGAGACGGGGAACAAAGGACCAGAGGGCGGGCGAGGGCAGCAGGGCAAAGAGGGCGAACCGGGCCAAGUGGGACCGCGUGGCAUGCAGGGCGACAUGGGUUUGCCGGGGCUGCCUGGUGCCCAGGGACCCGCGGGCAAAUCACCGACAGACACGCACAUCAAGCAGGUCUGCAUGAGAGUCAUGCAAGAGCAGCUGGCCCAGCUGGCGGCCAGCCUGAGCCGACCCGAGUCGGGCGUCUCGGGGCUGCCCGGCCCCCCGGGACCGCCCGGCCCCCCGGGGUCCAGCGGUGAAAACGGUUUCCCCGGUCACACCGGAUCCCGAGGGCUUCCCGGUCUCAAGGGACCGUCCGGGCUGCUGGGUCGCAAAGGACCCAAAGGGGACCAAGGCGACAGGGGGGACCGGGGCCUCACCGCCCGUGGCCCCAAAGGAGUUGCGGGUACUCCUGGUCUACCAGGGCAGCCCGGCCGGUCGGCGUAUGGCAGCGACGGGCACGACGGUUCCCGGGGCCCUCGUGGGGCUCCCGGAAUCCCUGGCGUUCCCGGCCCCCCCGGACCGUCGGGGGCCGUCGGAUACUGUGAGUCAUCGCAGUGUGUCCUUCCUGCCGUGGCGUCGCCGGUGAUGGGGGGCAAAGAAUCUGCCUUUAAGGGCCCCACUGACAUGUGAGCGGGAAGCGGAGCGCCAUCUACAGGCCAUCCGCAGAA